AUGGCAUCCUCCGAGCAAGCCAUGUCCCCAGCGGACACCACCGCAGACUCCGACUCCACCAUCUACAUCAGCCCCGAUGCCACCGACAAGAUAGCCCUGCGCAUCGAACACCCCGUGCCCUCCUCCGCUCCGGAGACCCGAACCAGCACCCUCAUCGUCUCGAAGGCAGUUCUGAUGGAUGCGUCCCCGGUCUUCAACCGGAUGCUCACCAACAACGCCUGGCAGGAGGCGCAGUCUCUCACCGCCACGGGCUUCGUCCAUCUCACUAUCGACGGGAACCUCUACAGCGAGACUGCGUUCAUCGACAUGAUGUACAUCCUGCACGGGCAGACAAUCCCCCCGGAGCGGUAUGAUCGGCUCAGUAAGCUCAGGCACCUAGCCACCGUGUUGGAUUACUGGGGCUGCGGGUGGGAUCGAGUGCCCGACAUGGACACCAGCAUCGCACUGGCCCUGAGAAAGGAUCCGUACUGGGUCGACCUCGACACGGCCAUGGAGUGGGCCUGGGUGGCGUGGUACUUUUGGGACACGGACGUCUUCGAGCAGGUCACGGCGUAUGUGAUCGGGCAUUCGGAAGAUAGAAUCAGUGCUCAUCCGCUUCGUCUCCCUGAGUGGGUGUGCGGUAGCGAGGAUGAAGAAAUGCCGAGAGCGCGCAAUCAGGGACUUUCUCAAGCCUCUCCGGGACGCCCGGAUGAACAGGAUGCCACCAAAUAUUGA